ACCGUCUACAAACUACUUUUACUCUAUAAUGAUAAAAAUUCCUCAAACCCUAUCCUAAGUAGUGUUUCUCACUUGCUGUCGCCGUUAUCGGAAUCAAAAGGAAUCAGCUUCGAUUUCCGAAUCGGGAAAAAAAUGGUGAAGGGACGCCAAGGAGAGCGAGUCAGACUCUAUGUAAGAGGAACUAUCUUGGGUUACAAGAGGUCAAAAUCAAACCAGUAUCCAAACACUUCAUUGAUCCAGAUUGAGGGAGUUACCACUAAGGAGGAAGUAGCUUGGUAUGCCGGCAAGCGAAUGGCGUAUAUUUACAAAGCUAAGGUGAAGAAGAAUGGCUCGCACUAUCGCUGCAUUUGGGGAAAGGUUACUAGACCUCACGGUAAUAGUGGUGUCGUUCGUGCUAAGUUCAAGUCUAAUCUUCCCCCCAAAUCUAUGGGAGAUAGAGUCCGAGUCUUCAUGUACCCCAGCAAUAUAUAAGUUGUCUAAAUGCCCGGUGCUCGAUCGAUGACUCGAGUGAUUCUAUCUUUUCUCUCCGUCUGUCAAAAUGUUGUGUGUUUUUGAGGCCAUUUUUUUCUUCAUUAGGAUGAUAGGGUUAUCAAAGAUUUUCCAGUAAUUAAUUUUCGAUGAUUGAAGUUUUUGGUAAUCAAUCAUUUAUGGAAUUGAAUAGCAAAGAUUGUUCUA